GAUGCGAGUCUGACUGUCUGAGAAUGACUGACCGGAUCUUCUAUAUUAACUGUAACUUGUCCUCUAUCCCCUGUGAGGGCUGUUAUUCAGCACCCAUUCCUCCCACAGCCCCCCCUUCCCCCGGAUACUACCAUGUCCUCUACAGAGAGCACGCACAAGCCCAGAUAGCCUGGCAUGGAGAGACAUACUGCCUGAUUGGAGGCUACCGUGUCUAUGGGGAUGCUCCGCUGGCCACCCCGGCAAAGGCUGAGGAAGAGAAGCCAGCACCCAGGCGGGCUCGCAAGAGACAGAGAGUUCAGGAAGAGUCAGACCAAGAUCUGGGGUGUCCUAGUGCCAAAAUUCCUCGCCUGAAAAUGAAGUAUGGUGGCAAAGGGGUAGUCCCACAGAAGCACGCUGCCUGAGCAUCACUGCCCAGAGGACAGGCCAGUGGCUGCCUCAGAUGACUGAGCCCUCUUCAGCAAUGACCUCCACUGACCACCAAAGUAGCUAGAACUUUAACUGUUGUGCCUGCGCCUGCGUCAGGAAUCUGCUUGCAUGCCAACUAGCCACGAGCAAGAAGCCUCAGAGAGGAGUAACUGCUUUGAACAGCCCCCUUCCUUCAGUCCUCUAGAGUCUUCUUGGGCAACGAAAAGGGACAGUCGGCUGUGAGUGGAGGAGACAAGCGCUGAGAGGACACAGAGGGGCCAAGCUGGGGCUCUCUCUGUGAGCAGACUUCUGUUCUUAACCAAGCCAGCAGCCAGCAGCACAGGACAGGUGUGGCUGCACUUCCUAAAACUAGAAGAAACUAGCAGCAGUUAACUAAGGAGGCUCCUGUCUAAAGGCUCAAGAGGCAGAUGAAGAACCCCAGGGAGACCUGCUGCCUGGGGUAAGAACACUGUGGAAAAGUACAGCAAAUACCUCCCCACCCCCUGCCUGAGGCUCACAGCCAGCACUGCUCCAGGGAGGUCCCUUCUGUCCAAGAGAGUGAUUUUCUGUGACCAAUGUUGGACUUGAAGUUCAAGACCAAGCCUCAAGCCUUCCUGCUCCUCCGAAGUAAAUUCCUUCACAGAGAAACCGGUUCCUAAAGUCCUGUGCCUACAAGGAUCCCCAGGGUACACCUUCUUUCUGGCUCCUACUCUUGAGAAGAGCUUUAAACAUCGAA